CAAAUUGUGAARCCGAAAGAAAGUUUUGAUUGUUUUUCGUGAAAAACUAUGCAGUGUUUAGUCGUUGGGCUGUGCCGUGGUAUUUUGAAUGUCUUACAAGUUCUUUUGUAGUUCGCCGAUAUGGGUAUUUAACUCCUCAAAAAGAAUCCAAGGUAUUCAAAGCGGCUUGUCUCUCUGAUCACAGCAAAUGACUUUGGUAGGUCAUACACUUCGUAUUAACUACAACAGGUUGAACAGUUUAUAUUUAGUCAUGUGCAACCCUCCUGGUGGGUCCACGCAACUCAGGAAACGUCAUCGCGGAUGUAUAUACGUCGGUGGUUAUAUAGUAGCCGGUACUUGGACUGUAGAGGCUAAACAAUUCUGCCAUACUAUUUCAUCAGUCGUCUGGACACUGUGAGAGGAUAUUAAUAAGGCUGUCGGCAGUUGCGCAUUGCAUUCGACUGCGCGACACAACAGUGAACGGAAGGAAGGCGUAUAAAUCGUGAUGGAAGAAAUACCGAAUUAUGUCAGUAUAUAAGAAGCAAAUUUAUGGACUGGCUUCACUGCAUCUAGGAGAUACCAAACUGCGAUAUGGACUUAUCAGCGUUAACGUUUGUCAUUGUAGCAUUCUUGACGCACUGUGCAAGCAAAGGGACCUCUUCUCCUGUUAACAGAAAAAUACGCCUCCACAGUGGCAUAAAAAAGACAAAAUCAAGAGCAAUCUCAGAACGGUCAUCGUCAGAACCUGUAGUUCGCGCGGCUGAUCUACCAACGAGGAGAUCGACGGUCAAGCCGCCCCCAGCUUCCCUGGAAGAACGUGUAAUUAUCUACUCAAAAACAGGCUACUUCCUUCAAAUCCCUUUUUCUGGAAAAAUACGUGGUAGUUUGGAUAAAAACAGCAAAUUUGUUCAACUGGUUAUGGAAGUAGUUUUUACAAGUGUGGUACGAAUUAAGGGUGAACACACAAAGAACUAUUUGGCAAUGAAUAGCGACGGGAAUCUUUAUGUAUCGAAAACUGCAAAUGAGGAAUGCCUUUUUAAAGAAACUAUGGAAAGGACAGAUUUCCACACAUUUGCGUCGUAUGCCUACAGCGGUAAAAAUGCWAUGAACUUAUCAGGCGAAUGGUACUUAGCAAUUAAGAGAAACGGCAAAGCAAGACAUGCUUUGAACACAACUAAAAGACAAAAAGCGACCCAAUUUUUGGUUGUUCGCCGAGGAAGCUGACAUCGUCAAAACUAACUGACAACGGUAUUAGGGAUAUGAUUGUAUCAAUCUCAAUCCUUCAAUGUAGUAUAGAGAACCAGAAAACUGUAUAUGUAUAUAAAUAGAUCGAUAGAUAGAUAGAUAGAUAAAUUUUGUUAAAUUGAAUCCAGGCAAGUUUUAUUUCAGUUUUCUAAUGUAAGUUCACAAUA